AUGUCCCUGCCAGCCCCGGAUGCCAUGGACAUUGUCCUGCUGGGACUGGAGCCAGCCCAGAGUUCCCAGGAGAGCAUUGGAGAGCCACAGGAGACGGGGGUUGCCAGGUACCGCCUGGCACUGCAGAGGAUGGCGGGGGACCUGCUGUGCCUGCGCCGCCGCGUCGCCAGCCUGGAGGCCGAGAACGGGCACCUGCGGGACAGCCUGGCACGGCUCCGGGAGCCAGCCCUGCUCCGGGACACCAACAUGGAUGUGCUGAGCCGGGAGGAGCUCCUGGACAGGCUGGCCACCCUGGAGCGCGAGCUGGCGGCUGGCACGGCGGAGUCGCGGGAGCUGCGGGACCGAGUGCAGCGGCUGCAGAACGAGCUGAUCCGGAAAAACGACCGCGAGAAGGAGCUGGUGCUGCUCCAGCGGUGCCACCGCCAGCAGCAGGUGACACUGAGGAGGUGCCAGGACAGGGUGGCCAAGGCCAGGGCGCUGGGGCAGGCGCUGCGGCAGCAGGAGAAGGUGAUCGAGGCCAUGGAACGGCUGCUGCGGGAGAAGCCGGGCAGGAGCACCGAGAGAGCCGCGGGUGACAGCCUCGGUGGGGACGCGCUGGUGGCGCUGCUGGCCGAGAACCGGCGGCUGCGGGAGGAGCUGGAGCUGGCCAGACCCCCCCGGGCCGUGGCCACCGCUGUGCCGGGUGUCCAGGGGGGCACCGAGAAGCUGUGGCUACUGGCCAGGCUGGAGGAAGCCCAAGCCCGCGGGAGAGUGCUGGAGAGGCAGCUGGAGGAGGCGGCCAGGAGGUGGGGCCGGGAGAGGCAGGAGCUGGGGACGCGCCUGCUGGAGCGGGAGCACGGCCUCCCCCCGGCCCCGAAGCUGCCCGCCAUUCCCGUGUCCCCCCGGAGGCCACCGCAGGCCCUGCCCCCCCUGCCCUGA